CCUGCCCUCUCCAGUCCCUCUUAGCUUGUGCAGCAUAAGGGCACUGGUUGCUCUGCCCACCAUUGGAUCAGCCUCGCCACACCAAGGCAACCCUUUUUUGCCCCAAUGGCGCCCAAGAAAAAAGCCCCCAAGAAGAGCAAGCUGGUGAAAAGAGAGGCCUCUACAAACGUCACAACGGUAGAGGACUCUUCUCUUGACAUUGACCAACAGCAACAACUGGAUGGCUUGUUUGAAAAUGGCUCAGAUGGGUUCCUCUGCACUGCCACAGAAGUCACAAAUCCUAGACACGGAACCAGCAUUCUGGAGGAGAUGAGCCUUAUGCACCAGGAGCGUUUUCUUUGCGACCUCACUAUUGCCACGAAAACAAAAUCGUUCAGUGUCCACAAGCUGGUUAUGUCUUCCUGUAGCGAGUAUUUCAGAAGCCUGCUGAAAAAAAACCCCAGCCUUCAACAAGCGGACCUCAAAGAUGCCUCCUGCUUAGGCUUAGCCACUGUUAUUGCCUACGCCUACACAGGAAAGCUGAGCCUCUCUCUGUACACCAUUGGGAGCACCAUUUCCACCGCCAGCCACCUGCAGAUGCACGCUUUGCUCAACAUGUGCACUGACUUCCUCAUCCAGGAGAUGAACGUGGAAAACUGGAUGUACAUUGCCAAUUUGGCAGACACGUACAAUCUCAACCAAGCAAAGGACGCCGCAAGGAAGUUCAUCCGGGAACACUUCCUAGAGUUCUCAGACACUGAACAGUUCAUGAAACUCACCUUUGAUCAGCUCAGUGAUCUGCUGAUAGAUGACAGCCUCCAGUUCCCCAGUGAGGUGGUGGUCUUUCAGAUUGCCAUGAAGUGGCUUGAGUUUGACUCCAAGCGAUUCAAACAUGCGGCCGACCUCCUGAACAAUGUUCGGUUCGGCACCAUCCCAGCUCAUGACUUAAUCAACUACGUCCAGCCUGUGCCGUGUAUGAUGCAGAACCCAGAAUGCCACAGGCUCCUCGUAGAUGCCAUGAAUUACCACUUACUACCUUACCAGCAAAACAGUCUCCAGUCCAGAAGGACCAAGAUUCGAGGAAGCCAUAAAGUGCUACUCGUGGUGGGUGGGUGCCCAUGUUCAGCCAAGAAAACUCUUAGCAAAGAUGUCAGCUACAGAGACCAGGAAGGAAACUGGAAGAAGCUGACAGAGAUGCCGGCCAAAUGCUUUAACCAAUGUGUUGCAGUAAUGGAUGGAUUCCUCUAUGUGGCAGGAGGAGAGGAUCAAAACGAUGCCCGGAACCAGGCAAAGCAUGCAAUUAGCAAUCUGUGCAGGUAUGACCCACGUUUCAGCACCUGGCUACACUUGGCCAGCAUGUCGCAGAAAAGAACUCACUUCAGCCUCAGUGCAUUCAACGGGCACCUCUAUGCCAUCGGGGGACGCAACGCCAAAGGGACCCUCAUCUCCCUUGAAUGCUACAUCCCUUCGGCCAAUAGCUGGCAAGCCAAAGCCAACAUGGACUUGGCCCGCUGCUGCCACGCUAGUGUGGCCAUCGACGGCAAGAUCCUGGUGACAGGCGGCUACGUGAACAACGCCUACUCCCGCACUGUUUGCAGCUAUGACCCUGCCACAGAUUCAUGGCGAGACUGUGCAUGGCUGAGCAGCCCCAGAGGCUGGCACUGUGCCGCUGUCUUGGCCAAUCGUGCCUACGUCCUGGGGGGCAGCCAGCUGAGCCCCCGGGGGGAGAGGGUGGACAUCAUCCCCGUGGAGUCCUAUAACUCUUCUACCAAUCAGUGGAGCUACAUGGCCCCCCUGCCCACCGGCUUGAGCAUGGCGGGGGUGGCCACCCUUGGCGGGCAAAUCCUGGUGGUAGGUGGCUGGAAUGAGAGUGGGAAAAAAUAUCAGAAGAGCAUCCUGGCCUACAACCCUGACUCAAAUGAAUGGACUGAGGAAGGAGAACUUUCCGAAGGCACUGUGGGGGUCUCCUGCUGCACCGUUGCCCUCCCGCGCUCAAGCGCCAGGGGCUCCAGGGCCAGCUCUGUUGCCUCAUUGACGGUCAGCAUGUAAGGGUGGGGAGGACAGGUGGGUGGAAUGAAAGAAAGCAGUCAUAAACUGGCCUCAGCCAGCAUGAUCAGGGGAUUCACAAGAAUGGCGAAGUUCCUCCCUCCUCCUCCCCCCCCCAAAAAAAAUCUCAUUGACACCUUGGUUUUGCCAAGAGCUUGGAAAAGUUACUUUUUUAAACUACAACUCCCAUCAGCCCAAUCCAGUGGCCAUGCUGGCUGGGCUGAUGGGAGUUGUAAUUCAAAAAAGUAACUUUUCCAAGCUCUGCGAAUAUUCUAUCUAUAGAGCAGCGGUGAGGAAACUGGCCCUCCAGAUGUUGUUGGACUCCAACUCCCUUCAGCCCAGCCAGCAUGGCCGACAGUCAGGGAUGAUGGGAGUUGGAGUCCCACAAUGUCUGGAGGGUCACGGGUUCCCCACCCAUGUACUUUACCUCACAGAAAGAAAGAAAAAAUUACAGGGCUGAUUACAGCACCUUCUCCUUCCAUGGAAAUCGCCAACAGUUGUUUUACUUUAGUAAUACUUUCAAAAUACUAUUUCUGGUCCUUCAAGCAAAACCUGAAAACAUCCUUAUGCCUAUUCACGCACACACACACACCUGAUCCCUGGUUUCCACCCCCAAAUAUCACCACCGGUUUUAAAAAAAGGUGUGACCUUUAAGGCCUACCUUGAAUGGAUUGCAUCUCUGGGAUAUAGGGUUCCUCAGGUCUAAAUUAAAAUGAUGAAGCACGCUGUCAAA